GAAUUUUUAAAAUAAAUGUAAUAAAUGACAAAAUAAGGCGUUAAAACCAUUGUAUAAGACAGAAUGGCAUUCCUUCAGUGGAGAAGGUUUAACUUUUUUGAAAAAGAAGUUGUAAAAAACCCAGAAACUGAUAAAGUAUUUGAUGAACUAAAGGAUGUCAACAUAUCUGUUUGUACGAGUGGACGAGGCCAGUUGGUGAUAGGAGAUUAUGAAGGAAAUCUAUAUUUUAUCAAUAGACAGUUACAUCUUACACAGUUUAAAGCUUAUGAAAUCAGAGUUUCACAUUUAUAUCAGUUGAAACAAAACAACAUUCUAGUAUCUGUAGGGGAAGAUGAGCAAGGUGUUAAUCCAUUGAUUAAAGUUUGGAAUCUUGAUAAAACUGAGAGGGGUAGUCCAUUAUGUACUAGAAUUUCGCGAGCUAUUCCAGGAAAUAAACCUACACAGGUGUCAUGUUUAACAGUACAUGAUAAUCUAAACUAUAUGGCUGUAGGUUUUGAUAAUGGAAGUGUUGUUUUAUUUAAAGGUGAUGUUACUAGAGAAAGGAACAGUAAAUCAAGAGUUGUUUAUGAGAACCCUAGUAAAAUUACUGGUUUGAUAUUUCGAUCUGUUGGCAAAGAUAUAUUUCUAUUUAUAGUAACAGAGAAUGAGACAGUGUCUGUAAAUUUAAAUCUUAAGGAUCAAAAGUCUGUAUUAGAGAAAAUGGGAGCGAAAGUCGCUUGUACUGUGCUGAGUGAUACCAAUCAAGAUAACCAGGUUGUUAUUGGUAGAAGUGAUGCUGUUUAUUUUUAUCAACCAGAUGGCCGUGGACCAUGUUUAGCGUUUGAAGGAGAGAAACUACAGUUACAUUGGUUCCGAGGAUAUUUAGUUAUUGUUGGUAAAGAAACUAAAUUACAGUCUAGAGCUCCUAUCUUAGGAAAUAAUAAAGUCAUGAAUCUGCUAACAGUAUAUGAUAUACAGAAUAAGUUUAUUGCCUACUCAGCCCCCUAUCAGGAAGUUAUAGAUGUUAUGUGUGAAUGGGGUUCUUUGUAUAUACUAGCUGGUGAUAGAAAGUUAUAUCAGCUACAAGAGAAAGAUACACAAACUAAACUAGAUAUGUUAUUUAAAAAGAACAAUUAUACUCUAGCUAUCAGUCUAGCUAAAAGUCAGCAAUAUGAUCAUGAUGGUUUAAUUGAUAUAUUUACCCAAUAUGGAGAUCAUCUAUAUAGUAAGGGUGAUCAUGAUGGUGCUAUAGAUCAAUAUAUUAGAACUAUUGGAAAAUUAGAGGCAUCCUAUGUUAUCAGAAAAUUUUUGGAUGCCCAAAGAAUCCACAAUUUAACAAAGUAUCUACAAGCUUUACAUAAAGCUCAGUUAGCUACAGAAGAACAUACAACAUUAUUGUUAAACUGUUAUACUAAACUUAAAGAUGUUUCUAAAUUGGAUGAAUUUAUUAUGACAAAAGAUAGAGAGAUAGAUUUUGAUGUAGAAACAGCUAUUAAAGUUUGUAGACAAGCUGGAUACCAUAAGCAUGCUCUAUCUCUAGCAGAGAAACAUCGUAAACAUGAAUGGUAUUUGAAAAUACAGCUAGAAGAUAUCAAGGAAUAUCAGAAAGGCUUGGAAUAUAUUGGGAAAUUAGAAUUUGAGGAGUGUGAAGAUAAUUUAAGGAAGUACGGUAAAAUACUGAUGACAGAGGUACCAGAACAAACUACUAGUUUAUUGAAGAUUCUCUGUACCGAUUAUAAACCAACUAAUAAGCCUUUAGUUGAUUCAUACAGUAUGGAAGGUGGCCAUUCAUUAAUAUUGAAGGCUAAAGCUGAAGAUUUUAUCCAUAUUUUUGUUAAUAAUUCAAUCAAAUUAACAGAAUUUUUGGAACAUAUGAUAGCGGUUCAACCAAACUCAUCAGAAUUAGUUUACAAUACACUGUUAGAGUUAUAUUUACAUGAUAUGGUUCAUAAAACAGAAAAAACUAGUCGUCUUGCUAGAGAGAAGAAAACAUUAGAACUGUUGAAAAAUCCAGAGGCUAGAUACAAUAUAGAUCAAGCCCUAAUUUUAUGUCAAAUGAAUAAUUUUAAAGCUGGUAUCUUGUAUCUGUAUGAAAAGGCUCAUUUAUAUCAACAGAUUAUAAGAUAUCAUAUGGAACAGUGUGAAUAUGGUUUAGUUAUAAAAGGCUGUGAAAAGUUUGGUGCUCAGGAUCCAAAUCUAUGGAUACAAGCAUUAUCAUAUUUUGCUAGAAAAGAAGACUGCUGUAAACCUCAACUGAUGGAGGUUCUGUCUCAAAUUGACAGAAGAAAUCUACUGCCACCAUUGUUAGUAAUUCAAACAUUGGCCCAUAAUUCAACAGCAACACUUUCUGUGGUCAAGGAUUAUAUUAUUCGUCGUCUGCAACUAGAGAAUGACCAGAUAGCAGAAGAUGAGAGAUUAAUUAAACAAUAUCGUGAAGAUUCAGAAAAUAAAAAAGUACAAAUAGAAGACUUAAAAACUUCGGCCAAGAUAUUCCAAGCAUCUAAAUGUAAUAUUUGUAAUCAUCCAUUAGAACUUCCUUCAGUUCAUUUUCUUUGUGAACCACACUCCUAUCAUCAACAUUGUUUUGAAAGCUACUCUGAGAAUGAUAAUGAAUGCCCUGUCUGUGCAGCAGAAAACAGGAAAAUCAUGGACAUUAUCCGAGCACAAGAACAAACAAAAGACAUUCAUGAAACUUUUCAUAACCAGUUGGAAAGAGCUCCAGAUGGUUUUUCAGUUGUUGCAGAUUAUUUUGGUCGUGGUGUCUUUAAUAAAGUAACUUUGAUAACAGAUUCUCCUUCAAAACAACCUUACAGCAGAAUGGCUUGAGCGAUGGUAGAUGGUAUCGUGCAUUACUAAGAUAUUUCACAUAUAGUGUUGUUUCAAAACAUACACAAGGAUCAGUCGCUAUAAUUUAAAAUAAGUAGUAAAUAAACUCAUAGUUAUUUCAGAUUCACUCUGUAUCUUCACAAUGUACUCAAUAGAUAAAGAAAGACAUGUUUGUUUUCAGUAAUGUUUCAGACGCAUUAAUGACCUCUUGUUGACUUGGUGACAUUUAUCAGCACUCUGAAUGUAUCAAUAAUUACAAGUUCAAGAAAGUAUUAUAAUGAUAACAAAGAUGAUGUCCAAAUCAAAUGCUUUUAAAUAUCCAAACUUUAUAAAUAAAGAAUAUUUUGUUGUGUAAUCUGUUCAUACCAGGUUAAAGAUUUACUCAUGUUAAAUUGUAUAUAGAGAUAUUUAAAACUAUAGAGUAUUAUAAUACUUCAAAAUAAAUAUACCAGUCAUUAUCAUGUU